GAAGGUAGAAGAUGUACUGCUUUUUUUUCCAACAUCGUUGUGGUUUUAUAAGAAACAUUCAUGACAUGAUGGCAAACAAAUUUUACCAAUUUCCUUCAAAUGAAAGGUCUUUCUCUCUCAAAGAUAAAAUGGGAUUCAUUACACUCAAAAAGAAUGGGAAAGCUCUUGAUCUAUUUGCAGAUGAGGUCACAACAGACCGUAUGCAAGCCAUUCAGGAAGCUUAUUGGACUAUGGCAUCUGCCUUACUGCCAUCUAGUCCAUGAUUCUAGCACAAGUCUUAUGGCUCUGAGAACUA